CGUUGUGUUUCAAUGAAAUAAAAAAUGCCGAGAUAUUUACUGGUGUUGGUGGUGCUUUUCAUUGAGGUGUAUUCAUCGCCAAUCAAACACAAAGCGGUGUCAAGCUGCCAAGCCUGCCAUGGCGUAGAUCCCAACAAAAUUAAUGUUCAUCUCAUCCCUCAUUCACACGAUGACGUCGGAUGGUUGAAAACUGUUGAUCAAUACUACUACGGAAGUCACAGCGAGAUACAAAAGGCCGGAGUACAAUACAUUAUUUCAUCAACUGUUGAAGCACUCAAAGCGGAUCCGGAUAGGAGAUUUGUUCAGGUGGAAACAGCGUUUUUCUGGAAGUGGUGGCAACACCAGCCCGAUACCAUCAGACAAGAUUUCAUUGAUUUGGUCAACAGUGGACAAAUUGAAAUUAUCAAUGCGGCCUGGUCUAUGAAUGAUGAAGCGGCUGUUAAUUAUCACUCGACGAUUGAUCAGUUCACCUAUGGUCUUAAAAUAAUUAAUGACACUAUUGGAAAAUGUGGAAUCCCGAGAAUCGGCUGGCAAAUUGAUCCGUUCGGUCAUAGUCGGGAACAAGCCUCAAUUUUUGCACAGUUGGGCUAUGAUGGUGUUUUCUUUGCCAGAAUUGAUUACACUGAUCGGGAUCAAAGAAUUGCCGACAAAAAUAUGGAAGUUAUUUGGAGAGGCAGUGCCAACUCUGAGAAUAUCAAUAUUUUUACUAACGUUUUUCCCGAAUUUUAUUAUCCUCCCGCUGGUUAUUGCUUCGAUAUUGAGUGUGGAGAUGAGGUUAUUAAUGACGAUACUAAAAGUCCUGACUAUAAUGUUCCACAACGUGUUGAAGAAUUCCAAAAGAAAGUCGAGUCAUUGGCUGCAUUCUACCAAACUAGCAAUCUUCUGAUCCCCAUGGGAGGAGACUUCCAGUAUCAGUCAGCAGAGAAGAACUUUAUCAACAUGGAUAAACUUAUAGCUGGUUUUAAGGGCAAUGACAAAAUUAACAUAAUUUACUCAACCCCGUCUUGCUACAUUAAAGCAGUGAAUGAUGAGGCCACUAGCAAAAAUAUCAAAUUCACUUUAAAAACUGACGAUUUCUUCCCAUACGGCUCUGCUUCACACUGUUACUGGACUGGAUACUUUACUUCACGUCCCAAUGCCAAACGAUUUGAAAGAACAGCCAACAACAUUUUACAAGCUGGGAAACAAUUGGCAUCUUUCUCAAAAGUCAAAGGAACUGAUUACGACGACGAUUUAACACUUUUGAAGCAAGCUGUUGGUAUUUUGCAACACCAUGACGCCAUCACUGGCACCGCCAAAGAAGCAGUGGCUAAUGACUAUGCCAGACUUUUGAACAAAGGUAUUAAGAAAGCUGAACCCUCAUUGAACGUUAUAGUCACAAACCUUCUCAAAAAAGAUGCGUCUUCUGAUAUCAAUCUCAACUUGGAGACUUGCUUGUUGUCAAAUGUUAGUAUUUGUGAGAUUACCAAAUCUGAGCGAUUUAUUGUAUCAAUUUACAACCCUCUUGAACGCCCUGUUACACAUUACGUACGUGUGCCUGUACCAGAUGGUACUUACAAAAUCACAGGACCUGAUGGUGAAGUAACUGUUGAUAUCGUUGACAGUAUAUCCAGUUUUGAAUACAUUGAUACAAAUUUCGGAACUCCAAGUCCCAAAGAACUGGUCUUUGCCGCUAAUGAUGUUCCCGGUUUUGGGAUCAGACUGUAUUAUGUUGAAAAAACUUCUGCAAAAUCGCGUCCAGUGAAACAAUCACCCAAAGUUAAAUUCGGCACUGAUACAACUGGGUUUGAAAUUGAUGAAAAAACCGGUCUUUUGAAAUCUGUUACCAUGAACGGACAAACUGUGGAAAUCACUCAACAAUUCUUAUAUUAUAACGGUUUUAAUGGAGACAAUAAUGGCGAUGAUAAACAAGCGUCUGGAGCUUACAUUUUCCGACCCAAGGAAAAUGAAGCUACAGUUGUUAGUGAUUCAGUGACUGUUACUUCAACGACUGGAACUCUGGUCGAUGAAGUCCGUCAACAAGUGAACGACUGGAUUACCCAAAUUAUCAGGGUUUAUAAAGGAGAAAACGACAAUUACAUCGAGUUUGAUUGGCUCAUUGGUCAGAUAGAAGUGGACAACGACAAUGGGAUUGGGCGCGAAAUUGUCAGCCGAUUUACAGUCAAAGACUUCGACAAUGGUGAAUCCUUCUUUACCGACUCCAACGGCCGUGAAUUAAUCAAAAGACAACUCAACAAACGAUAUGAUUACGAAUAUGACUCGACCCUUGAACCAAUUGCCAGUAACUACUACCCUGUGACUUCAAAAAUUGUAAUUCGGGACGAAACCAAAAAAUUGCAAGUUGCAGUUUUGAACGAUCGAGCUCAAGGAGGUGCAAGUUUGCAAAACGGAGCGCUUGAACUUAUGCUUCACAGACGACUUUUGGCCGAUGAUAACAAAGGUGUAGGCGAACCACUUGAUGAUGAAGAAUUUGGGCAAGGUGUAGUUGCACGUGGACAGCUUUACUUGGUUGUUGGUUCAACUGAUAGUAAUGUGAGUGGAGGGAAAUCAACAGCAGCGCAAGAACGAGAAUUGGCUUUGAAGAAAUUGUUGAAUCCGCUUGUACUUGUUGGUGAUGCUUCUUCCGAUGCUUUGUCGUUAGAUAAAGUUCAAAGUGCUCUCAACUUUAAUUUUGAAGGUUUGAAAACCACUCUUCCAGACAAUGUUCAUAUUUUGACUCUUGAGCCGUGGAAAGAUGAUAGUUAUAUUUUAAGGCUGGAACAUAUUCUGGAGAAUAAUGAAGACGCAACAUUGUCAACUACAGCAACCGUGAAUUUGGAAGGUCUAUUUACACUUUUUGAAAUAACCGAAAUUAGGGAAACUACACUUGGUGCUAAUCAAUGGUAUGAUGAAUAUGCAGCUGAAGAUAAGUACAUCUGGGCGCUUAAGGAUGGCAGUUCUGUGUCUAAUAAAGAAGCUCCAGUUACAGUAACUGCAGAUUUGCAAAUUACCUUAGAUCCUAUGCAAAUUCGUACCUUCAUAAUUAAGGUUAAAUAAUAAACGAUUGUUUAGAGAUAAGAAAAUAAAGCUUUUGAAAAAUA